CGUUAAAAGGGAGUAUGUGACUUUGUCCUCUUGGUAAGACACAUGAUGUUAUAGUUAUACAAUGGAGCCUUUCAUAGGAGAGGGCUGAGAGAGUGGUGCAGCAUACUCAGCAAUUUAGGAAGCAAGAGGACGGGCUGCAAACAACUGGAACCUGGAAAUAAAAGCAGGGUCUCCAGGAGACAGAGACAGAAACACCAAUGGCUUCCUACCACAUCAGGAGAUACCACGACCAAGACUGGGAGCCUGUGAGGGAAUUAUUCUCUGAGGGAUUACUGGGGAAUAUGCCUUCUGAGUUCUGGCAUUUGCUGAAGAAGCCAAGAAUCUUCCUGGUCCUCCUGGGGGUGCCCUUUGCCCUGGUCUUGGGCUCUGGUUCCCUCGUCCUGUGUCUCCUGUCUUUACUGGGCCUCUUAGCUGGCCAGUGGCUGAGUUUUAGGCAUUGUGUAAUACGGUAUGUAGAUAAUUCCUUGCAUGCUGACCUGUUGGAUAUCCAGAAAUCCUACCUGAGUGGGACAGGCUCCAGUUUUUGGGUGGCAGAGUCUGAGCACCAGGUAGUGGGCAUUGUGGGUGCCCAUCGAGCAAAGAGGCCAAUUGGACGAGGAAACUAUCUGGAAUUGCAACGCUUGUCUGUGAAGAGCACUUAUCGAGGCAAAGGGCUGGCCAGGACAUUGGUCCAGACUGUGCUCCAGCUUGCCCGGGAUCAGGGGUAUGAUGGAGUGGUUCUUGAGACUACCAACUCCAAUUACCCAGCUCGACGACUUUAUGAGAGUCUUGGCUUCUGGAAAUCCCAUGAAUCAGGAUAUUACUUGAACUGGUGGCAAGGUUUCCUCUCACUUUGGUGUUACCAAUAUGAUUUUUCCUCCCAGGCAUAAAUGUCCCCUGCCCCAACCCUUUCUUGUCUCUCUGUGCUUCUUGGGUUUGUUUAUAGGAUUCACAAGAGUGUGCUGUGCUUAUUAAAGGUUGUUGACUUUCUUGCCA